AUACUUUCCCGGCCGACCAAUUGCCUCGUGCAUUGCCCUGCCACCUAUCUCCAAGUUCCCGUACCACAUGGGCUGGACGUUCAGCACGUGGUUUCGACUCGACCCAAAGAGCAACGCGUCCCUGGAGCUGGAUAAGCCGUAUCUAUACAGUUUCACGUCGAGCACGGGGAAGGGCUUCCAGGCUCACUUCCUCGGCAACUGCCUCGUGCUGAGCGCGGUCAAGGUCAAGGACAGCGUAUUCCAGCACUGCGUCAAGUACGAGUUCGAGCCGCGCAAGUGGUACCAUCUGUCGGUGGUCUACAUCUACAAUCGCUGGAGCAAGAACGAGGUAAAGUGCUUCGUUAACGGGCAGCUGGUGUCAUACGCCGAGAUCGCGUGGCAAGUCAGCUCCAGUCAGCUCGUCGACAGCGUGCGUAAGAUCGUCUACGACGGCAAGCUGAGCGCGGCGAUGGUCUGCGCGUACAACCCCCUCAACUACGGUUACCGCGACCGUCGCGGCGCGCUUACCUUGACCAUCAUGGCGUGCGGGUUGUGUAGGUAG